GAUCCUCAUUCGGCUGCCAGUUUCUCGGCUGUACGCGGCAACGAGUGUUACCUCUGCUCUCGAUCAACGAUAUCUAUCCGUGACCUUAUCAUUUCAAACGAGAAUCUUCAGUCGUUUCGAGGAACCGGGAACAGACGAUCCUUCUCGAACGGAGCCGCACAGCACGUCGAGCCAAACACACGUCCGAGUGGAUUCUCACUCAAACGUUCACGAGGCACACUGCUCGUCGAAGAAUAGUCGAAGAUAGUUGAGAAGCUGUUUCGCCGUGCGUACACGCGAAUCUCGGGGUGAGAGAAAAGAGAGAGAAAGAGAGAAAAGAGAGAGAGAGAGAGAGAGAGAGAGGGAGAGAGAAAGACACACUCUGCAAAGGGUGUACGAGUGAGGUGAUAUCCUUCGGGGGAGAUCGAAGAGGCAAGAACGAUGGCCACUUACGCGACCUACAGACACGUCGAGCUCGACAACGUCGGAUACGGAAAGAAAAGGGUGUUGAAACCCCCUGGUGGCGGAAGCAGUGAUAUUUUCGGCGCGGGUCCCGACGAGACUAGCCCUCGCCGCGUGAAGAACCACAACCAGUCUCAGCUGGGCUCGGCGUUGUUCGGCGACACGCCGAACAACAGCAACAGCAACGAAACGCCGCGCAACAAGCCCGGUAAUGAUUCAUACAAUCGCCUGUUUGGCCCUCCCGAUGCCCCACCCACCAUCCCAAACGCGAAAAAUUACAUGCGCAGCAAUAUCUCCCUCAGCGGGGAGUCGACGUCCUCAUCGGUGUCAUCAGGCGCCGCAACGUCGCCCGCGAAGAGCACCGGAAGUACGGACUCGAUCGCGGGCGUUCUCAACGGAUACACAGCCAGCAAUGGCAACAAUAUGACCAACGAUGUCACAGGUAAGGGUGUUGUAAAUUCUCCUUCCUCGGCAAAGAAAAGAAAAGAAAAGAAAAAAGAAAAGAAAAAGAAAUACAGAAAAAAAGAAAGAAAACAAUAAAGAAGACAGAAACGCAUCCACGACACCCCGCCCUCCUCCUGACGACACCCACACCCCGCAAUUAUGUACGUUGAAGGGAAGGAAAAAAAAAAAAAAGAGGAUUUGGUCAGGUGAACUGGUGUACGGUGCGAGCGCGAGAGAACGCGGCUACGAGCUUUUCUUCUGGGCACUAGCGUGU